CUGCUUGAAAUUCAUUUGGACUAGAAGCGAAGCUUUUAAACAUUUUGUAAGAGUCAAAGAGUGUUUCAGGACAAAAGAGAUUUUUAAAAGUUCAUUAAACAAACGUCUUAUUAAACAUCUAGAACAAACAAAAGUUUAUUAAACAAGUUGCAUAGUCUAAACGUGACUAAUAUUAUACUAAUGUUUUUAUACUAAUAUUAUAAUGUAUUAAAACACGGUGCGGGUAAUUGUAGCAGUUCUUGUUGGCUAUAACGAAUUCAAUGUUAUUGUGUAUAAUCAAAGCUUUUGUUUGUUUAUUUUAGAAGUUAAGGUUAUGAUAUUGUAACGAAACAAUUUACUGUAAUCUGUUCUAGUUCUGAAAAUAGUUGUAAAGUUACUGCUGUUACUAGUAUUGGUAGAUUUCGACAAAUUUAUGUUAUACUACAAACUAGAGUUAAUAAAUAAUUGUGACUAGUUUGUUUAUGAAAGAAGGUUGUGUUUCAAUUAUGUCAAGACUGUUUAGUAAAACAAUAUCUAUCAGCUAUCAUUUAGUUUUGUUAAGAGUUAGGCCUACACGAUUAUGUUUAGUUCGAUUUAAGAAUAAUCAUAUUAAAACUAACGAAUUUAAGAGUCAAAAUGCAGUUGAAAGUAUUAGAACUCUUUUACAAUGCUCAAUUGAAGAGGCAUGUUUUUUAUACCAAAACCAUAACAAUAUUACCAGUAACAUGAAUAUUUUAAAACAGAAUGGAAUUGAACCAAGUACUGUCAAAGAUAAUUUGUGGCUACUGAAAUAUGAUAAAGGGCAGUUAGAACCAAGACUAAAGCUUCUAAACAAGUGGUUGUUUAAAGAUCUCAACAAUGGUAUAAGUAUUUUGCAACUUCCAUUUGGGCAGCUUAUGAAGCACACAGGCAGAAUUAGCAAAGAAAUAAGUUGUUUAGAUGGAACGAACAGGAUUACUUAUUUUGCUCUAUUUGUGAAGUGUAAAGAGAAGCAAGCAUGUGAUGUCUUUAUGAAAUAUACUUUCAUGUUGGCUCUCAGGUUGGAUUCCAUGAAAGAGAUUCUACUUAUGUUGACAGAACAAGGAGUCCAGACCGAGGAUUUGUUACAUGAUCUAUGGUUAUUCAGAUACAGUCCUCAGUUCAUAUCUGCUAGAAUCAAAUACUUAGAUCACAUCAGAGCUAGAGAAAAGUGCAAGAUAAUCAAACCAUGGAUGUUACGAUGUCCAGAGCCCGUACUUAACAGGUACUUGGAGCUAAGGGAUGAGAACAUUGCAGCACUGGGCUCCUAUUCUAACCUAAGAGAAUUGCUCAGUAACGAGUUAGCCCUUAGCUCUGAUGAUGUACAAGAGAUGAUACUGAAGCACCCGCCUGUUGCAAAGAUAAGCUACUCUAAGGCCAAGGACAUGAUAGAUUUCUUGAAGGCUCAAGGGUUCGACAGUAAAAUGAUAUACCAGGUCCCAAGGGUACUGUGCCACAAACAAGCUACAUUAAUGGCAAGAAUGGUAGAACUGAAAAAGGUCAGCCCAAACCUCAUUAACCUACAAAAUUUAUGCAGAAACAAGAAAGAUUAUGUUUCUUUCUUAAACAAAAUGUCUUAACACAGUAGGGUCAUUGGAGGAAUACAUACUGGCAUCUGCAGUGUGAACAUCCAUUGUUAAUUCUCCUGAUUCCGUCACUUGGCUAACUGAAGGAACUACUACUACUACAGUUGAGAAGUGAGAUCAUACUGCACUUCUUAGUUUUCCACUACAAUGACAGUGACCAUCUGCUCUGACGCAGAGUUUAGAUGGACAAAGAGAACGGCGGCCGCAACACGUGCUUGGAGGUCUAGCUGGCUGAGGUCAUGUGCCCACUCCACUCGACCCCAGUGUCCACACUACACACAAUACAACAAAAUCCUACAGUAACUGUUUAUAGUCUUAGUUCUUGAGCAAGAUCACAAGAUUAUAGUUACGAGUUGUCUAGAACUACAAUAUUAUGUUAUUAUGUGUAACUCUCAAAUAACCACUGGCGGUUUAUCUGCGGCAUCCUUGGUAAAGAAUGUUACAAUAAGAAGUUUACGAAAAUAAAUUUUUAAACUUUAUCAAUACAGUAAACUCGUGAUUAUCCAAGGUAGUUGGAACCGGAACUGACUCGGAUAUGGAAAACUUAGAUAAUAUGGAGUUUAUGAGGUAAUAGGCUAAAUUUAAUGAAAAAUAAAGUUGAAAUGUUUAUUGUAGGAUUGUGAAUUAAACAUUAUUACAUACCUUUAAAAAUUGAGAAAACAUGACACUUAGUUUUCAACAUGAGUUUUUUUUUAAGUCUGAAUUUGUGUCGACCUCUGCCCUCUCUUAGACGAUGCGUUAUUACGCCAAGACACAUUAUAACGUGUGGUGUGCAUUCUUCUUGUUUUAUUUAGGCAAGUAAGAGCAACAUCGAUUGCUGGGAGGCCAUUGCAAUGUGAUAUUUUUGGAGUCAACUCAUCCCUAUCCUUGUUCUCUUCACAAUUUUUAUCAUUAAGGACCACAUCAAUAAUUGCUUAAUCGGUGAUCAUUUGCACAUCCUCAUUGCAUCAAUCACGAAUGUCUGUGCUCUUGAUUUCUGAUCUUUAACAGGAAUUUGCUAGUUGCACUAAAUCGCUCUCAUUGUUAUCUCCUGGCAUCUUUAUGGGGGUUUCUUCUAAACCAAAUUAAUUUAGAUCAAUCCAGUAUGCUAAAUCUAUAAUCAGCUAAGUGAACCCGAUGAUUUUGAUUGAGUAUUAGUCAUCAUACGCCACACAAGAUCAGCCUAGCAAUAGUCAUAUAGACUGCUCAAAUUGCACUUGCAUUGCUUCUCACUGUAGUGACCCUUUUAUGUAG